AUGAACGAAGCCAUUGACGUCAUAGGGUUAGCGCAAGCGCUUUGGUGGGUUCGGCUUCGCAAGCGAGGGGAUGAGAGGCGAGAGCGCGUAUCGCAAUUUCAGACGCAAGACGUGUAUCGCUCGUGCCGAAGUCUACUGAAACGCGGGAAAACGAUCGAAGCUGUGAAGAUGAGAUCGUGGUUAUUAUUAUCGUUGUUGAUAGUGUAUAUAUCCUACACGCUCUCAGCCCCAAUGCCACAUAAUCCAGGUCAAGAGGCUGAAGAAACAAAAAGCGAUGUUCCCGUGAAGGAAUUGGAAAAUUUGAAAAUGGAGGAGGCAAGCAAGGAAGUUGUUCCAGGAAUGAAGAGCGAACAUGUGGAAUAUCAUCGACUCGAUUCCGUACAAGAAAACGGGGAACUGGUAUCACGAUUAGAACAACAUGCGACAGCUGAUGCGACCGGAGAUGAGAAGCCUCGAGUGCACGUCAAAGCGCAAUUAGACGUGCCGGCUGAGGGCGUGCACCAAGUUCUAGUACAAGACGGACAGCAUAUCAGCGUGAUGGACGGGACCGUAUCAACUACUGUGGCACCAGAGGAAACAACGACUAAGAUAUUCCACGGCGCAGCCCGAUUAGUACAACCGGGGGCGGCUACGAAUAUUCCACAAAAUGGCCACACCGCUGUACGAAGAGCUUUUAACCCCGAUAUGACCAAGGAAAUUAAAAAUAACAUGGAGCACUACACGCCGUACGCAGGCAUCCAAUAUUCGCCUCUAGAUAUGGCGGAGUACGUGUUCUGGACCGGAGAUGAACGCGGCGUUACGACUGCGAUAGAAGAGUUCCUGCAGGAGGGAAUGAUGUCUAAAGAAGAGGCUAUAGCAUUCCUACAGGAGAUCAAGUUCAACAUCGACUAUCUCCGUGCUCAUUACUCUCAGAAUAUUAAGGCGGCUGAAGAAAGCGCACAACAGGAAAAAUUGAGAAACAUAAUUAUGGAACAAAAUGCUAAGGACUACCAAUACCGUCAAGUGCCCAUUCAAUCGUUCCCGUUCGGGGGCAGGCCUGACAUCGUCCGCUCGAUAUCCGGCAAAAAUUGGGAUUUGAGCAAUAAUAUCGGAGUGAUCCCAUCUUUGCCUAUUACAAACGAUUUGCGCCCAGAGCCCGUGAAGAGGACUUACGACCCUAUGCUACAGACUAAUAUUAUCAGCACUUUGGACUACGAUCGUGAGGCUCCUAUUAUUAGUGAGGAGGAGUAUGAAGAGAUGAUGGACAAACUACGUGCUGCGGAUACGCUCUACACCGAGUACACUCUCGAAGAAAUUAUUUACCAAUUGGCUAAGAUGAUGUUCUCGCAGUCGCUGCUGCGCGAGCCGGCGGCGGCGCGCGCCGCCACGCAGCGCUUCAUGUCCUUCCUGGAGCUGGAGGCGCAGCGCGGGCAGCUCUCGCGCACCAUACAGAAGAAAGUGCUCGACGUGAUGAUGGCGGCACUCACAGACACCAUCAGCGACCAUCCCGAGCUAUUGCAGGCGCGAGAGGGGCUCGGUCUUACUCCAUCUAACCGAAUGCGACAAUUUCUGGAAACGAGUGCGUCCGAGCCGAGCGCGUCGCGCGCUAUCCUCGCCGCGUACAAGGACGAGCUACUGAAAGGCGCGCCUCUGCAUAAACUAGCCUUCACCGAGAGGAAC